CUUUAACGCUUAUCGCUCCCUCCACUCACCCACUCAUUCUUCAUUACAUCAACCAUCGUCAACCUCUCAACUCUUUUCUUCUUCUAGGAUGGGAUUACAAAGUCCAGCACUCAUUUAUUCCUUCAAACUUCUGACAAUGCAACUGAGUUAAUCAAUCCGCGUCACUGUAUCACAGCAGUUUCAUGUGGUCGCACUGCGCAUACAAAAAUCCCGUAGCGCCACGCCCGCCGAGCUUAUAUUUACCUCACAAGCUACCCUGAACACAAACAACCAAAGCCCAUCCUGCCUCCUACCUUCAUCAAUGCCAUCAUGCUCGCUACUAUUCUCACCCUCCUGAUCAUGUCGCUCUCAAUUCCACUAUGGCAGCGCUACCAGCCCCAUUCCCCCUCCUCCAACCCCUCCACAGACUCCAUCACCCCACAGCAGAAAGCCCGCCUCCACGAAAUUGCAGACCUAAUGUCAGAAAUCUACGAAACCCUCGUGGCCAUGCGCUACCUCGACCCAUCCGGCAUCCAGCGAGGCCCACACAACCUCACCGCCCUCGCUUCUCACUUUACUACCCUCAACAUCGACCCCGCCGUGCAAUACCUCUACAGCAUCCUGCCCUACAUCGACCCCGCCGCCGCCGGCCACAGCGGCUUCCUGCACGGGGGCGAGUUCACUGAUUUCCGGGACGCGGAGCGCGUCGAACAAGGCCGCGAUCCGUUCUACGCUCUGUACGGGGUGGAGACCGUACCGGAUUACGACUCCGAAGAUGGAGCGUACAUGCGUCCGUGGGUGACGCCCCUCUCCCAGCUCGGGAACCACGGGAGUGUGAUCCUGUACGACGCGCGGAGGCACUUGAUCUGGAUGAUCGAUCAGGAGGGCUGGUCCACCACGGACCUGGCGCUGCGGGACGUCGAGGAGCGGGAGCCGGUGUCGGUGAACCGAAAUAGCUUCGAGCAUAUUCCGCAUCGCGAUGCGGGGGAGGUGCUGCGGGAUGUUGUCCGGUGGUAUCGCGCGCUCGACGAGGUGCCAACUGGCGGGGAGAGUGACGGGUGGGAUGAGUGGUCAGCGUUGGGGGAUGACGGGUCGCUGCGGGAGUUGUAUUUGAAGCAUGGCUGGCCCGAUGCGUUCGAUGGGGAUGCUUUUGAGGUGGAUGUCGCGAGGGCGAUGGCGCGUAUGCAGGCGGAGGAGUUUGCGACGGAGCCGCUUCGGGUUGCGCAGGAACACAGGAAGUCCGCGGAGCGUGUCGAUUCCUGGCUCGCCAGGGUUCGUGAUCAACUGCGAGAGGGGGUGCAGACGGACGAAGAGAAGUGGGGUGCGCGUUGGGAGAUUGUGCGUGCGAUGGCCCAGGCCGCGCACGCGAAUGAAUUGGUACAGCUGGCUGAACACCGGGUCAGGGACCUGUGCCCGGGCAACGUGUGUCUCCAGCCGCAGGGUCGUCCGCUGUGGGAGCUGCAGUACUUGCAUCAGGAAGUCGAGGAGCAGGAAACUCGAUUGGCAGAGUUGGACGAACAGCUGUCGGAAGCGCCGAGUGAACAGCCUGUGCUGGAUGAUGACCGCGAGCAGCGGAACAAGGAACGCGGUCUGCUGAUGCGCAAACUGGCCGUCUACCGCACAGCCUACGAGGCAGCGCGGUUGGAAGCCGAGCAGCAGUGCCCUGGUCAGACCUUCCAGUCGAUGACCGGGUUGGAGAGGUUGCAAUGGCCGGCGUGGAGGAUCGAGUAUCCGGGUCAACGCGCCAACGCUUUGCAACUGCUGCAGGAUGCGCGGGAGCUGUUGGCACAGGUCCCGGACGAUUUGCAGCGUGUUCGAGCUCAGAUCUCGGACUUCAUCCGUUGGCAAGAAGCCAUGGUGGGGAAUUCGGAAGAGACAGACUGAGACUGAGCUGAGAAUACUGCGUAGUGCUUGAUUUUCAGUAGGCGUCGUUCACGCCGGCUCUCGGCCAGAAUUUGUGCUGCCUCCUUGUAAGAUAUAUAUAGUACUCGGUACAGUCGGUGUAUUUCUGCUAGACCUACUACACAAGAUGCUUGAUGUCUAUUUUGAC